CGGUCUCCUCCUUACGACAGGGAGGGUUGUAGUAGGACCUAUGAGCAGAACACUGGUGGAGUAUCGUCAGGAUUUUUUUUUUCUCCCACUGUUAUUAAAAGCUUAAGGAGCCUCCGUGUCUUUGGCUGAAUUUGCAGUCCAGUUAAAAUGUCGUCCUGGGCGAAGUCGUCCGCAGCUGCCCGACGGCAAGCAGCUAACCCAAACGGAAGUGCUCAACAACUGCGUAUGUUUCGGAGAGCAACACCUUACUCCAGAGAAGAGAGGAACGAGGAGCUGAAGGAUGCCCUAGACAGCUAUGAAGAACUAGAGCAAAUCCAAAACUACAGCGGAAAUGUGAAGUACGAAGGGUACAACAAGCAUCAGCAAAAUGCCAAGCCAGCCAAAGCACCCAAGGCAGAUGGCUGCACCCCAGCAGACAGACGCAAAGCCUUGUACCAGAAGUUCUACAGACAGGUGCAGGAGGAGAAGACGCCUGCCGACUGCGUGGUCCUCUCUGUCACCAACCGGUGCAUGGAUUACCCCAAAUCGCUAAGCCAGUGCUUGCAGGAGCGUGGCCUGUCAGUGGAAAUGCUCUACCUUCAGGCGGAGUCAGGCCUGACCCGGGCUCUGCAGGAUGUCCGAGCAGUCGGCUCGCCGUUAUGUAUUCUGGUGGAGCACACAAACGUAGCUCUGUCCUCCUGCACUGUUAUCAUAUUUUCAGAAUCCCUCAAAAUCCAUCGCAACAUGCCCAAAGACCAGGCCAUGGACUUCGUUGCAGCCGAGUACGGUCGUGGACUUGUCAAAGAACGGUCAGCAAGAGAUCCCGCAGAAACUGCGGCACAGGCGUCACAGCUGCUGGAUGACUUCCUGGAACGGGAAAAAAUUGAGCACCACACCGUUCCCCUCGAAACCCGCCAGCUCCUCCUGCUGUUAGCUGACGGGGUGCAUCUCUACCACGAAGAGCUGGAAACCAUCUCAGAGUACGUCCGUUCCCGGCAGGAGCACACAGAAGCGUCACCCACUGAGGGGAAGAGGGGUAACAUGUUGCCUCCAGGUUUGGGGAAACCACCUCCUCUGCUCCCCACUCCACCAGGGCCGCCUCAACCUCAAUCCUCAUCCGGAGCAGGGCCCAUGAUGAACCACUCCCCAUCCCCCACUCCUCUAUUGCCUUCACCAGGCUCUUAUCCCAAAACCAAGCCUCCUCCUCUACUGUCAUUGCAUCGACCUAACGGCCCGUCAUUAGGGGCCUCAUCUUCACGAGGCCUGCUCUCUUCUCACAAUCCUUAUGGUGGCCCCUCUGUGCCCCGUGGGCCCCUACUCCACCAUGUUCCCCCAUACCACCAAGGCCCCAGGGGCCCUCACAUGGGCAGAGGUGCCCCGCCUUCUCUAAAAAGUUCACGUCCUCCACUUCUCGCUUCUCCAGGUGGCCCUCUUCAGCGACCAGGUGGCCCACGACACUAACAACACAGACAUCCACUCACACUGUUACACAAGGAGGCUGCUAAUACCAGCAGUGUUUGAACAUUUCCCCAAACUGGAGACCAGAUGACUCCUGGUGGCUGCGUGCCCUUUUUUUUUUAUAAUAAACAUACUUGGCUAGAUGACAACUAUGGUCGUAAUUGUUUAAAUAUGAUGUACUUUAAUGACUUUAAGUUUCCAUGAUCCCGCUGUCAUCCUUGUUCAUGUAUUUCUUUAUAACAUUAUGCGCUUUUCACCCGGAGUCAUCCCAUAAAAGAAAUGUUCCUUACUUCUCGUCUGCCAUUCUGGACUCCAUAAACUUGGUGUGUAAGAUUCAAUGAAACGCUGCACUGGUUAAACAUCGACUGACUUUUUAUUUUGUUGUAUAUAAUGAAUAAAGCAAGUAGCCUACCAGCUGUAUAAGGUGAUUCAAGAUGGUGCUUAAGAUUUCGUCAUGAAAAAAGAUUUUAAAUAAUUAAAGGUUUGUUUUCACA